AUGGCGUUUUUCGAAAGCUUGCGUGAACGGGCUGUAUCCACGUUAUCACAAGUACUAGACCGCAAAAAUUCCUCUGGGCUCUCUAAAGAUGAGCUUUUCUGCCGCGAACACAAUCUUCCAGACGGAGAAACCAUCUUGGAAGAACUGGCAGUUGAGGUUAGCUUUGGGUCGGAGUCUAAUAAGGACGUUUAUAAAAAUACCAAUUAUCCUCAGGGUCGGAUCUACUUGACUCAACAUUUCUUGGUUUUUGGCGAUGUCUUCGACCGCCGCAAUUGUCUGUUCACGUUACAUCUUUCAACUGUCAAGAAGGUGGAGCGACUUCCCACUAGUCUGUACGGCUUUGCAUUGGCACUUACGACCCAUUCAAAGAUUUAUAUCAAGCUUUACUUGGUGGGUCUUCGCUCUGAUAGCGAGAGGUUCUCUUCGGUGCUCAAGUCGGCACUUAAGAACAAUUUGGCUAAUGUUAAGAAUUUGGCUCCUUUCAUCCAGUCAUGCUACUCCGAGUAUCUUUUGGCAAAGAAUAAGGUAUCUGGUGAAAAGAUCUCAGAAAUCCCGCCGGGCGGGUUAGGGAUAUUGUUCAAGUUUCCGGGAAAUCCGAAGGAGUUGAGAGAUCGAUCCAAGAUGAAGUUGUGGUUCGAUUUGUUCCGGAUUGAUGGCCGCAACCUCUCUCUCAUUAAGACUCCUAUGUUUUACAAGUUGGUGCGUGUGGGCUUGCCCAAUCGACUUCGAGGCGAGAUAUGGGAAUUGUGUUGUGGUUCAAUGUACAUGAGAGUGGACAACAGAACCGAAUACACCAAUUUGUUGGAGGCCAACAAGGACAAAACGUCGCUAGCCAUUGAUGAAAUAUCCAAGGAUUUGAAUCGUUCACUUCCGGAAUAUGCUGCGUACCAGGAUCCUCAAGGUAUCGAAAGACUCAGAAGAGUACUCACAGCAUACUCGUGGAAGAAUCCGGAGAUCGGCUAUUGCCAGGCUAUGAACAUUGUGGUGGCUGCCCUACUCAUCUACAUGUCUGAGGAGCAAGCUUAUUGGUGUUUGAAUGUUCUCUGUGACAGAAUUGUACCCGGCUAUUACUCGAAAACGAUGUAUGGCACCUUGCUUGACCAGCGUGUAUUCGAAUCCUUAGUUGCACAAACAAUGCCGAUGCUAUGGACCCACAUCAAUAAGUUUGACAUCCAGCUCUCGGUCAUUUCUUUGCCGUGGUUUUUGUCACUCUAUUUGACCUCAAUGCCUUUGGUGUUUGCAUUUAGAAUCUUGGACGUCUUUUUCUUACAAGGUCCAAAGACUCUAUUCCAGGUUGCCUUGGCAGUAUUGAAGUUGAAUGGUGAACAGUUGUUGCAGGCAGAGGAUGACGGUACUUUCAUUUCGAUAUUGAAGACGUACUUCCAAACUUUGGACCAAAGUGCCCACCCAUCAUCCAGCAAUCCAAAGUAUGCACAAGUGACUAGAUUUCAGGAAUUACUAGUCACCGCUUUUAAAGAGUUUUCCGUUAUUGGCGAUGAUGUGAUUGAGAAACAUCGUACUAAACACAGGGACAGCAUUUUUCAGAAUAUCUCGACCUUUGUUAAGAGAACAGAAUUGCGCAAUUUGCCUAGAACUUCCAACUUUUCUCAAGAUGACCUUUCACUUCUUUAUGACCGCUUCUACUCGAUUGUCCAGUCGCAAAUUGCUGUUGGUGGAGGUUCUCUGUUCAUGGACUUCCUGGCUUUCACCACUUUCAUGACCCAAAUCUGUGAUUGGGUAGAGGAACAUCCCGGCAAAGAUAUCUGUGAUAAGCAAGAGAAGUUCUUGAAGAGGCUCUUUGAUCAAUGGAAUGAUGACAAACUGGGAGAGUUGUCUCUUGCGCAACUUCUUGUUGGAUUAAACAAUAUGGUAGAACCUGAUUUGUUGUCAUCGAUCUCCAAUUUCUUUUCUCUCUAUAGUGUGGACGACAAUGUUGAUAGAGAGGGAAUUUUGACCAUCUCCGAAGACUUGUUGUAUAUCACAUAUCCCUGGAAGGAGGGCUUGCUUUUAGAUUCGCUUACGGAAAGUGCUAUUGAGAAUGCAAUCGCCGACAAGAUCUACAAACAGCAGCAGGAGAAGGGCAAUUCUGAGGAUGAGGCGAUUCCGAUUCCCACAUCAAUUGACAUUGAUAAAAAGAGAAUUGAGAGUAUGCAGCUUGAAAGAUAUUUAUCUGCUGCCAGCACGUUUAUUCAGCGUGCCUUUGAGUACGCACAGCCUGUAGAGGAAGAGCCAUUGCUCAAGGAACUCUCAGUCGAUAAUACUAUCUCGCAUAACGCUGCCUUGAAUCCCAAGACACCUGUGGUACUCAACUUGCCAACUUUUCGUAUGGUGAUUCUUGCUGAUGAGACGUACGAGUUAUUCUUCAACAAAACUUUGAGGAAAUCUAUUCAUAUUGACAAACCGGUGGAGAAUAAUACAGAAACCAUGAGAAAUUUGCGUGACAUGUUUGAUGGUCUUCUCGCAGAUGGACGUGAAGUUGCGAAGAAGGUCCGUCGUCGUAUGGAUUCUGCCGCUCACCAAGGGCCCCAUGGAGAUAACGGUUCAGUCAAGUCUAGUAAGAGUGCAAAGACACAAGAUGAAGACGAGGAGAGAGAUGAUGAUUUCGGUGUGAUUGAUAUCGACGAAAAUGACAAGGAUUUGUUAUUGGGAGCAGAGGCGCAAGUACUUGUCGAUCCUACUAACAACCAACACGCCAAUAAGAAGCAAAUCGAGAGUUUCCACAAAGCAGAGAGGGAGGCUUCAAACAACACCAAAACAGCUCACGAUACAAAUCUUAUAGAGUUUGAGACAUAG